CCCAAAAUAUAACCUAUCUGCCAAAAUGGUAAAUGAUUUUUUUUUGGUCAAAAUUACUUUAAAAAAUGACAAGAAUUUAUUUUAAGUGCCUUUGGUAAUUUUAUAUGCAUUUUUCUUUGUAAAGAUGAUGAAUAAGAACAACUCAGUUAAAAUCUGUUGUAUAUCUGAUCAACACAUUGUAGAAACAUGAGUACAAUGCAUAGUGCUAUUAAACCUGACAGUGCUGCAGGGCAGGGGUUGUAUGUGGAUAGGAAAGCAAUGAUUUAAGUGUUCAUAUUUUCAGUUUUAUCUAAAUUUCAUGAAUUCAUUUACAAAUGUUAGUAAAGUACACUCAUGUAUUGCUUAAUGAUGAGAAUAUGUUCUGAUAAAUGUGCCAUUAGCUGAUUUUGUUGGUGUGUAAACAUGGCACAAAAUUAUACAAACUAAGAUGGCUACAAAGUCACUAGGCAAUAUGAUUUAUAAAACCCAACAUUAUAUAUGUGGUGUAUUGUUGACCCAAACAUUACUAUAUGAGACACAACUGUAUAAAUUUAUGUUAAGAUGUCAUUGCUCACAUAUAGUUUUAAGAAUAACUAAACUUACGAAAGUCAUCUUGAUUUUACUAUUAUAUAUUAAACACAAAGGAUGGAUGUUUUUCUGUUUAAGAUGUUUAUAAUGCCAAAUUUUAUCCCCUUUAAAAAGAAAAACACUCCCUUUCCCACCUAGCUUCUUCCUAUUUGAAGUGGACUUUCACUAAAAUUGCAACAAAGCCAUGACUGUCUUUGACUUCAUCUAGUUUGGUGGACACUCCUUUUAGUUUAACAAAAUUUCCUGCUAUUCCCCUGCCUUAUAACUCAGAAGAAUAAGAUGAAUAUGUUUGUAAAUUGGAAAAGACUUGCCACAAGACUCAGUACCAGGAACACUUCACUGUUGCAAGCUUCAUCACCUGGAGAAGAUACAUGUGCCUCCUCACCCAAAGUAACUCGGCCCUCCUGGAAGCACUUACUGCCAGUAUACUAGAAGCUCCAUCUGUGACUCUUCCAGUUGAAGAUUCCUGGCUACUUAUUCUAUACGAUAGUAAAAACUUAAGUUGUUACUUUCACAGCAAACUUUCUGUUGGCCUUCCCUUCUUUAGUGAAUUGAUGAAUUAUGACUUCUGUUGUAUCUAAGUCACAGAGUUUCAUGGCCAGCCGUCUUCUCUGUGUUGUUCCAUUUAUUUUUAAACAACUAAAGACCAAAGAUGAUGUUUGACUCAUUUCAACAACAAACCUUUCUGGUGUGCACAUCCUAUCACAGAGGAUGAAGGUUGGGCCAUGCAGGCUGCUGCCUAUAUCUUUAUUCAUAGGAAGUGGAAGGAUGAUAAGAACCAUUUUGAAGACAUGAUUGAUUAUUUUUGUGAUAUCCAUGAACCACUUCAGCUCCUCAUAUUCCCAGAAGGGACUGAUCUCACAGAAAACAGCAAAGCUCGAAGUAAUGAUUUUGCUGAAAAAAAUGGACUUCAGAAAUAUGAAUAUGUCUUACAUCCCAGAACUACCGGCUUUACUUUUGUGGUAGAGCGUCUAAGAGAAGGUAAGAACCUCGAUGCUGUCCAUGACAUUACUGUGGCAUAUCCCCACAACAUUCCUCAAACAGAGAAGCACCUCCUCCAUGGCAACUUCCCCAAGGAAAUCCACUUCCAUGUCCAUCGACAUCCAGUAGACACCCUCCCCAUGUCCAGGGAGGACCUGCAGCUCUGGUGCCACAAGCGGUGGGAGGAGAAGGAAGAGAGGCUGCGUUCCUUCUACCAGGGGGAGAAGACUUUCAGUUCGACUGAACAGCAUGUAAUUCCACCUUGCAAGUCUGAGCUCAGGGUCCUUGUGGUCAAGUUGCUCUCUAUACUGUACUGGACCCUUUUCAGCCCUGCAAUGUGCCUGCUCAUAUAUUUGUACAGCCCUGUUCGGUGGUAUUUUAUAGUCACCAUUGUAAUCUUUGUGCUGCAAGAGAGAAUAUUUGGCGGACUAGAAAUCAUUGAACUUGCAUGUUACCGUCUUUUUCACAAGCAGGCACAUUUACACUUAAAGAAAAAUGAAUAAGAUGGUCAGGCUCACAAUGUAAAAACCUAAAGGGAUAUUUUGGAAAUGUUCUAAGCCUUUGUAAACUGAGAUGCAUUUUGCAUGAUUGUCAGAUAUUUCUUACUAUCAUCAUUAUUUGUUAAAAGAUAUUUUGCACUUAAUUUUGUGGGGAAAAUAUUGCUACAAUUUUUUUUAAUCUCUGAAUGUAAUCUUGAUGCUGCGAAUGUAGCAGGGAUCGAUUGCUGUGACAUAACUUGGGCCAUAAUUUUAUUAAACAAUCAUCAGGCUAUUGAUAGACAAGGUAUAUACAAGUUCUCUGAAAGCCCCAAUCUUCUAACCCAACAGACUCACCAGACCAGAAGCAGGUGUGGAACUCAUGAGUAGUGUGGCCUGACAGGCACUGGUACUUGACUGCCCAGCUCACCCCCGGAGGUGAGCACUCUUCCUCCAUGCAGCCACACACGUGGUGCCCGGGCUUGCUCCCUGGGCCCCAUCUGCAUCCUUUGUAUGCCAAUCAAACCCAUCCCAUCCCAUCCUCCCUUAAGAUUAGAAAACAUACCUCCCUUAUCCUCAAACUGAUCAACAUAGGAAUCUUCUCAUUCCACAUAGUAUCUUGGGCUAACCAAGCGAUCAAAAGACCACCUGUGCCCUUUCCUCACAUGGAAAAAUCACACCUGCACAUGACUCAGGGAGCAACCACAGACUCUCCACUUGGAAACCUUAGUUUGAAUUUUAAAAGCUAGGAAUUAGCUCCAGUUCUUCACUCAUCCUCAAUCUUGCAUGCUCAGUGCUGGUUUCCUUACAACUUGGCAGGUGUAGCUUUUUCUGUUAAAAGGGGUAGGCAUGCAGCCACAUGCUGUCUUAGAGGCAUGCUGAGAGGAACAUCCUGUUAUUGUAGACAGAAACUUUCUUGUGAAAUAUUUUUUAAAACCUACCAAAAAAGGGAGGUUAUUGUUUUCUAGGAGUGCAUGGGUAUCUAGUUU